AUGCCCUCAAUGCUCCUACAUCCGCUCAAGCCUUAUGAUAUGGUACUUGCCGCCCGGAUCAGCCUCCUCAAGAUUCUUGAGAAUGCUAGACUCCUUCAGACUAGAUUUAAACCUGCUCAAUCAAAUGAUACUGCAUUCAAAACUGACCACUGGUAG